AUGACUUCGUCACCAGCUCCCAGUGACUAUUCCGACGAGGAACUACGCCCAUCGAGAAAAGAGAAUAGAGGACGUGAAUUGAACGUCUACGAUGCCGUUGCCGGUAAUGUUACCUUGAACGACCGAUCUCAGUCAGGUGCUUCACGCCGAAACGACUCCUCAAGUAAGCGACAAAAUCGGUCCUCCGGACUACACUCUUCCCGCGACCCCAGGUACGCUCCCGAGGAAGUUCUCUUCCGCCGCAAGGGCGCGCCUGUUCGCUAUGAAGAAAAUGACAUCUACUGGGCCAGCGAGCAUCUGCCCGACGGCGGACGUCAUCUCCUCCCUGACAGCGACCUCUUAAAGUCCAUCCAUGGGUACACCAGCAACUUCUAUGAUGCAAUGGCUCUUCGCCUCGGUCCGCGCUGUGUUAUUGGCUCCCGAACCAUUGACGAGAGGAGCAUGGAUGAAACCGCUCUACUUGCUUUUGGAAUCCUCCUUGAAGAAGCAAGUCGCGAGGCCAUGGGGAAGAGAGGGGACUUGGUUCUGACUGAACCGCUCACGGAUUCUAAGUUGCCACAUGCUGAUGAACGGGCUCUCGACACCCCUGCCGUGAUCGAUCAACAACCGGUUGCGGAUGGUGACCAAGGAGCGACUCCGGAAAAAAGGCGGCGGAAGAAGAAAAGGAAAAUCCGACGUGAUGACGAUGUUACAGCAGCCGAAACAUGA